UUUCUUAUUAUAUACGUGAUCGUUUUAUUUCGUUUGAUUCAAACUGCGGAACCCUUGGGACGUAGCCUCAUAAUGAACAAACCCCUUGCUCUUGCAUGGUCGUGGAUGGUACGAAUUCGAAGAGAAGCAAGCGCCCUCUUUAAUUUACCAGCAGCGACCGAAGCCACCCUUGCUGUUGCAGCAGCUCUGGAAUUUGCCAGUGUUGGCGGCCUUGAGACCCUCGCAGUUUCCGUUGCCGCCGUUGAACUCGCCGUAGCAGCACUUGGAAGUGUCAACCCACUGGUUGCAGACGCAGGCCUUGCAUCCGGAGGCAUAGUUCUCGCACUGGCGACCAGCUUCCGCAACGCUGGCGAUAACCAAGACGAACAAACCGGCAAUGGCAGAGAUACGCAUUUUGAUGAUAGUAGGUGUGGGUGUGCUGUGUUUGCUUGAAGCUUGGGGAAGGAAGAUGUAGAAGAGUGAAGGACAGGAAUGAGGGCCGGUUAUCUCGUCCUUUUAUACGAAAAAAAAAAUGAGAAAGAUCCUGAGUUCAAGGAAUCGAAUCGAGGGUGCUCAAAGUACUCACUCUGCAAGGGAAAAAGACC